AAAAAAAAUUAAAAAUAAGAUAAUUCUUAUAUAUAUUUUGUUGCUAUCUGAAAAUAAUAUUUUUAUUAUAAAAGUUAAAAAGAUACAAAAAAUUAUAAUUAAAUAUUAUUAAAAAAAACAUUUAUAUAAAUAUAUUUUUAAACUAUUUCUAAGAUAUGAGUGUUUAAAAAAAUUUAACACGGGAUGUUCAGAACACGGGAUUAUGCUUAUGAGAGAGUGGCUCGGGAGUGGGUUAGGAGAUGAGUCUAAUGGGCUGCGAAUUGUUGAAUUUUCUUUUUAAUUGCAAGCCCACUUCGUGAUGAUCUGACAUAUUGGUUGGUCAUGAAUAUUUGUGCACAUGUGGAUAGACUUAGGAUGCUAGAAUUUAGCUCCUUUUAUAUAGUAGGAUGAAAUGGAAAUUUCUACAAAUUAAUAGAUAUAAAUUUAAAAUAAAUAUAUUCUCUCAUAUGAUGUAACUCAUAUACUUAUUGUUUUCCUUUAUAUUUUGCUCUGAAUUAAUUAAAAUAGCAUUAUUUAACCUAUUUUGCACAAAAGCAUUAUAAAAUCUAUAUUCAUUUUUAAUAUAUAUCUCAAAAAACUCUGUGAUCUUUUGGCACCUUUUUCGAAUUGAGGCUUAUCGUUUGGCUUUUUGUUGGACAAACAAAUCUAAUCUCUAAACUAUUUUUAUUUGAAAAAUAUUAAGAUAUGUCUUUUUUUAUUUAUUAAUAUGAGGUAUCCGGACAUAUAAAAACCCCAGAUUAAUCUCCAAUAAGAAGUACAACUCACAGAUAGACAUUCUCUUCGUAAUCAUUUUUUUUUGGUUAAACAAGACAUUGUAGGAGUUUCAAUAUGACGAGGCUUUACGACAAAUCGGUGACAUAUGUCUUAUUCAUAGUAAUGACUAAUUCAUACUAUGAUAACCGUUAACUACGAAUGGUUGAGAGAGCAGGUUAGGAUCGGACAAAUGCGUCAAAUGCAUGACUUGUUCUAUAGCAAUCCUAGUUGAAUUCAUUUGGCAACAGAAAGAAUACUAGUUGAAUUGAAUUGUUGGAUUGGAAAAAUAAAACUAUAAAUCAUGUGGACAGUACAUGAUUUAUUGUGAUGGUCUAAUUUGUGCUGUCCUGGCUGAAUCCAAUACCUUCGACAGUAUCCAUCAUUUAAAUACUAUAGUGACCGCUAAAGAUGCGCCUAUAAAUUUGGAUGUUUGGUUGAGUUUUAUUAAUUUUCAAACCAACCAGGAUUGCAUAUAUAAGAACUACCAAUUUUUUUACUGAAAAAAAGAAUCACCAAAUUACUAAGAAUUACCAAUCUAAGACGAUUCUUUGCAUACUAAUCGAGAUGCAUUAACUUUAAAGAUUUUCUAUGUCGUAUUUGUGCGUGAAUCGUAUUAGCCUUAUAGGUUUAUAGACAUGUAUGUAUUGAUAUGACUAUAUAUGAGUAUAUAUUACAAGGUAAGAAGAAUUAAUAAGGGUUCUAAAAGAAGAAUUUCUUGACCAACUAAACAAAAUAAACAAAGGAUAAAAGUUGGACGUGUGAGAUAUAGCUGCAUGUACCUUGUACUUGAAGACCCUUAUUAGGUGAGAGCUUCAUGUACACUCUCCCUUCCGCAAUUUCCUUAUUUUUUUCUAUUAGAAAUUCUGUUCAAUUCUUUAUUUCGAAAAUAAUCACAUAAAAAUCUCUGGAAAUUUAUAAUUUUUUUUGGUAAACAUGUUAAGAAUUUAUAGUUGUUACAAAGCAUGCACGGUCAUAUUUGAAACGUAUGUUCCUGAAUAUACCGAAUUAAGAAACAUACGUUAGAUAAAUAUAUGCAGUUGACAGAAAUUUAAUUUUAAUCUUGGUCAGAUAUAAGGCAAAAAUUGUAUUAAAUUAAUUGUGUUGUAUAUCAAAAAAAUAAUUGUUUUUAAUCGCGUGCAUGACAAAAGCAAGAAGGAAAAUAAACCUACUCUUUGUCUUCUCUUUUUUUCUUUUUUGGCACGAUCCUACUCUGUCUUCUUCCUUCAUCUUUUCCUCCUUAGAAUAGUCACAAGUCAUCCUUGUCACGAUAUAUAACUGCAACUUAAACCCUAAUCUCAUAAAAGUUGUCUUUCUGAUUUCUCUCCGUCCAUGCAAAUAUAGAAAGGUAUUUGGAUUUGGAUUUUGGAGUGAAGUAAAGAACAUAUAUAAUGGAACAAGGAGAUCAUCAGCAGCAAAAGAAAGAAGAAGAAGCUUUGCCUCCGGGGUUCAGGUUUCAUCCAACAGAUGAGGAGCUAAUCUCGUAUUACUUGGUUAAUAAGAUUGCUGAUCAAAACUUCACCGGAAAAGCAAUUGCCGAUGUUGAUCUCAACAAGUCCGAACCAUGGGAACUUCCUGAGAAGGCGAAAAUGGGAGGUAAAGAAUGGUAUUUCUUUAGUCUACGCGACCGAAAGUACCCGACGGGUGUGAGAACAAAUCGGGCGACAAAUACUGGGUAUUGGAAAACCACAGGAAAAGACAAAGAGAUAUUCAAUAGCACAACCUCGGAGUUGGUAGGAAUGAAGAAGACAUUGGUCUUCUACAGAGGAAGAGCUCCUCGUGGGGAGAAGACAAGUUGGGUCAUGCAUGAAUAUCGACUUCACUCUAAGUCCUCCUAUAGAACCUCCAAGCAAGACGAGUGGGUAGUGUGUAGAGUGUUCAAGAAAACAGAAGCAGCCAAGAAGUACAUAAGCAAUAGCAGCAGCAGCACAAGUCAUCAUCACCAAAACCAAACAAGAGCCUCUAUACUAUCAGCCAACAACAACAACCCUAGUUACUCAUCGGACCUCCUUCAAUUCCCAUCACAUCUACCACCACACACCAGCCUCAAUAUCAACCAAACCCUCAUGGCUAACGCAGUUCAUCUAGCUGAACUCUCUAGAGUCUUUCGUGGCUCCACAAGCAGCACAAUGGAUUCUGCUCAUCAGCAGCUAAUGAGCUACAACCACAUGCCUGUCUCAGGGCUCAAUCUCAACCUUGGUGGUGCAUUGGUCCAGCCGCCGCCUCCUACUGUGUCGCUUGAGGAUGUUGUCGCUGUUACCGCUUCAUUCAAUGGCGAAAACGGGUUUGGAAAUGUGGAGAUGAGCCAGUGCAUGGACUUGGAUGGAUACUGGCCAUCUUACUGAUUAGGAGUUGUCACUUUUGAAAUAUGUUUUUGUUUUCUAUCGUUGGUCUGAAGAAGAAAGUUUCGUUUACAGGUUGGUAAUACCUUUUGUUUUUGUUUAUGUUAUUGCAUUUGUUUAGCUGUUCAAGGAAAGAUUUAAGAAUCGAAGACUAUAGUCAAACCAAAUGUGGUAUGCCUCUAUGAUUCAUAUCAAAUCCUUUUGCUUACAAAUAAAAUAAAAGUUUGUAUACUUUUCUUUUUCUUUUGUCAUCUCAAAAAUUUCUUCAAAAAUAUUGUAAUUACAUAGCUUUUUUUUUUUGGACAAAACAUAGCUUUUUUACUCAUAAAUCCGCAAGACAUCUAAUACAGUAAUAAUGUAAAUGAAAACAAAGCAAUUUUAAGAAGCCUAUAUAGAAGCUCUUUUCUUUUUUUGAACCACUUUUUUUCUAAACCACUAUAGAAGCUCUUUUAAUCUUGAUAAGAUAUGCAAGGUAGAAGCAAGCAGUGACCGAAACAACCCAAAAAGACUUCUAUAAUUUCAAUGUUUCAUAUCCAAUCCUUUUAGUUACUAUAACAGUCUCCUGCUCCAGACUAUUUGUUUAAAAGGCUUGAAAUUGUUGGUUAAAUACAUUAAGUUUGGAAGCAAACGCAAACAAACAGCUGAAACCCAAGUACUAGUAGCCAAAUGGAAAAGAUAAUGAAGACGAGAGUGAUAGGUUUAAAAGAGUGGCACAAGUCCGCAAAUCCAUCCACAUGAAUUACAAAAUAUACAAACCAAGACUUUACUAGAUUUACUCUUUAUAUUUGUCUAAUCUUCUCUGUAUUAUAAGACUGAAAACUUUAUCCAAAAGGCAUCCAGAGUGAAGAAACACUUUUGCACAGAGAGCUUCAAC